GGAGUUUGGACGACCAAAACUGGAAUGCACAAUAUUCUGAAAAAAAAAACACACAAAAAAAACCUAGCUGUCGCGUAUGAAACGUCCUUUUUUUCCUCAUUAUAUCUCGGAACGUCUGAAGGAAAAUUAAGGAACGAGCAGUAAGCGAAGGCAACACGUUUCACAACAAGCGUCCUGUGAAGCCACUGAAGGUUAAUCGAAUUUUCAUAUAUACUAAUUUGUCUUCCACAAAUUAAGUAUAUAAGCUUAAUGUUACUGAAUACACUUCUGACAGAUUAAGUGUAUAGUCUCACGAUAAAAGUAAGACUUAAGAGUGGAUAAAAAAAAAAUAACUUUGAAAACGACUCCACCCGGAAGUAAAUCAUGGCUGCCUAGCGACCGGCGGACCAAUAGGAGCGCAGCGUCACAUCGCACUCGAGUCCCCAAAUUGCAACGAUGACGGCUAACAAGGGCGAUUAAAUGCCGCCUAAGGGAAGAGGACCCCUGCAACAGGUCCACAGAGAGGUGGACGACAUGAGGGGGCAGCUGGAGAGUCUUUUGAAAGAUGUUCAGGGUGACGACACGGAAAGCAAAGAAGAGUCCUUUCGGAGGUGCCAAGAACUUCAGCUAUCUGCAGAGAAAACGCUGAAGAAUCUGACACAGCUCACCAAGGCCGAUGAGAUUGCGCCAGUGGGCAACUACGACCAGAGGAAACUCGAGGAAGAAAGACGAUUGCGCAGCGUCCUGGAGCAGCUGAACAAACUCUCUGCGGAGCUCUCGCCGCCGGGACCCAGCACGGAUCCGCCGACGGGUGACGCCCGGAAAGAAGGCGAGGGCGGCACUGGAGACAGCGAUGAGGCCGACACCGACGAAGACGCCGCCCAGAAGGACGACGGCCGCAAGGACGAGAGUCGAGCGGCGAACGCGACCCCGCAGUCGGAGCCCUGCGUCUACACCGCCCUCAGUGAUUUCCAAGGGGACCAGGAGGGAGAUUUGACCGUUAAGCGAGGCGACACGCUGAAAAUCAUCAGGAAGACGAGCGACGGCUGGUGGCUGGCCGAGAACGCCGACGGCGACCGAGGCGUGGUGCCGAGAACGUACCUGAAGAUCGGUUCCGCCCUCGCUGCCGACAAGGAUGAAGAGGAAGAUGAAGAGUCCCCUGACGAGGCCGAGGAGGAGGAAGAGGGUUCCGAAGAGCUGGCUGAAGAAGAAGAAGAAGAAGAAGACGAGGAAGAAGAGAAGCCGAGUGACGCUGCCCAGUCCAAUUGGUCCACUUUUAGAAAAGCUCUCACUGAGAUCGACGCAACCGACGUCCUCGCCGCCAUGGGCGCCAUCCCUUCCGGGUUCAGGCCGUCCACGCUCAGUAAACUGCUGGUGGACGAAGGCGCCAAAUACAAAGGAAGUCAUUUCAUGCAGCCGGAGCUCAGCCAAUCCCAGCUGUCCUUCAGCGACCUCUUCUUGGAUCCGGACACUGGCAGGCACCGAACGUCACGCGACUCGCAGGUACGGCCUCGACACACCCGGACGUGCGUUUGUUUCACCCUGUGGAGCUGCAAGAGCAUUCCCACGCCCGGCGUCGGCGUUCAGGUCCUCAGCAGACACAUCCGCCUCUGCGCCUUCGACGGAACUCGGGUGCUGAGUAACAUCCACACGGUCAGGGCUACGUACACCCCCAAAAACCCCAGGACCUGGCUCUUCUCCCCGCGGACGGCCGGCGUCCUGCCAUCGCUGCUGGACGGCGACUGCUUCUUGCGCUGCGACGCCGACGACCCGGACCUCGGAAUCCUCUUCGAGCUCGGCGUCACCUUUAUACGCAACUCGACAGGCGAGCGCGGAGAUCUGAGCUGCGGGUGGGCUUUCCUCAAACUGAGCGACGCCGCCGGAAACGCGCUUCCCAGCAGGACAUACGAGCUGCCAGUGAGUGGCGGCACCCCUUACGAGAAGGACGUCGACAUGGAGGGAUUCCUCACUCGAGCGUCUUCAGCCGGCAUCUUCCAGCAGAUGCUGAAAGCGCGGCGGCAGCCCAAACUCAUCGUCAAGUUCAAGACGGCCAACGCUCGCAUCAAAAUGCAACUCAGCUUCCUGCCCAGCACGCUGCUGCACUGCUUGAAUUUGGUCCCCCUGCUGGCCAUGUACAGGCAGCUGCUGGCCGACGCGCUGCUGGUGGACCGGCCCACCAUGCAGAACGCGGAUUUGAUCUUCAGUCCCGUGCUCGCCACCUUCCCGACCCUCGUGGACCAACCCGACCUGCUGGACGCCGUCAGGACUGCCUGGAUGGAUGCGGAAAGCAACAUGAGCAGGGCGCAGAAGAGAGACGAGGCCCAAGUCAAGCAAGAGUUCGCGAAGGCCUUCCGGUCGUCGGCGUCGCUCCUCCUGCACUCGCCUUCUCUGCCGUGGCACCGUUGGGCCGACGCCGCCUCGGAGGAGCAGCGGUCGCGCCUCAUCGGCAGCGCGCUGGAGGCGCUCAAGCGGGCCCGCGGCCCGUCCGGCGGCUUGGAGGUCCUGGCCGACCCCGCCCGCGCUCACCUGGCCUUUGACGUCGCCGAGAUGACCUUCGACCUCCUGAGGGUGGCGCGCUAGAGCGACAGAGAAAUGGACGCACAUCAAGCAUCGUUAUUUUUGUAAUAUUUGCAUUCACAUUUUAAACCGGUGGCAGCUUCAAUGCACAUGUCGCCAUUCAAAAAACGAAAAAUACAUUUUGACCUUUGUGAUUGUUACGCAUGUCGUUUAAAAAAAAUGCCAAUGGAUCAUCCAUCCACCCAUUUUGCUCACGAGGGUCACGGGGAGUGGCGGAGCCUAUCCCAGCUGUCAACGGGCAGGGCACACCCUGAACCGGUCGCCAGCCAAUCGCAGGGCACAUGGAGACAAACAGCAGCACUCACGAUCACACCUCGGGGCAAUUUAGAGCUCAUUCAUUAGUAAUUAAUGUUGCAUGUUUUUGGGAUGUGGGAGGGAAGCGGAGUGCCCACACAGGAACGGGGUGUGGAACAUGCAAACUCCACACAGGCGGGGCCGGGAUCAAACCCGGGUCCUCAGAACUGUGAGGCCAGCGCUUUUGACAGCUGAGCCACCGUGCCGCGCCUGGCAAUGGAUGAUUUUUGUUCUUUUUUUUUUUUUUUUUUUUUGUAAAAUGCAAUUUUCAACAUUUUAACUCCCGGGCUCGUCUCAUGCAUUGCGAUGCUAAUUAUAAAAUGUGUAAUUUUAUAAUGAAUCCAAGAUGGUUGUCUGCGGUCUGGGCGCGGCCCGAGCACAUUUUUGCUCGUCUCGCUGAGCUGCGUCGUCGGGCCCCCUCCCAUUAGGUCAACAUCGCUCAGCGGGGGCACCAAAGGAGCGUCGCGCGUUAAUGAUUACUCGCUCUGUGCAUUCUGUAAAAUCAAAGCCGAGCAGCAGCUGCGAUGAGUUCAGGUCAACAUUUGUGGGCACAAAUAUCAUUUCAUAAAAAAAUGAUAUUUUUUUAUGUUUUACAUUUAUAUAAGACCCAUUUUUAAUCUGAGAUGAAAUUGUGUGCAUUUUUUUUUCCACAAUCUGGUGAAAUUCAAUAAAUCCAGUCACCCCCCAUUAAAAUGUAAUCCAUGCUCGUGUUUGCCGGCAAACAGGACGAGGCCAUCCCGAAUUUCCACAUUCCGCCAUCCCGUCCGUCCCUUCUUCCUCUUUUUUUGGCCCUCAUUGGUCACGGCCAUGCCAAGCCAGAAAGCAACAGCACAGAUUUAACAUCGUUCGUCUCCAACCAAACGGAAGAAAAGUCGUUUUGGCCGAGCUUGGGUGACUUUGCCGUGGGACGGUCGGGUUGCGACUGUCCCGAUACUUUUGUCAUUUCAUUUGAGUGAAUUCAAACAAAGCAAAAAAAAAACACAUACAAAAGUGACGAGACAUUUGCGAAAUUUUCGCCGCUGUUCAAAAUAAAAAAUGCAUUGCCACAUCCGCCCAUUUUCUGAGCCGCUUAUCCUCACGAGUGUCGUGGUAGUGCCGGAGCCAAUCCCGGCUGUCGUCAAAUUCCUUGUGUGUAGUUACACACUUGGCCGAUAAAGCUGAUUCUGAAGCGGGGUACACCGUGGAUUGGUCGCCAGCCAAUCGCAGAGCACAUGAGGGCAGGCA